AUGCCUGGUUGUUGCCCCUGGAAUUGUUCCGGUAUCUGCCGCAGUCGCCGCCGCAGAUCUCCAGGCUUUGGCCCUCCUCCUACCGGCGAUGAUCCUAUAGAGCUACAACACAUAUCCCGCCCUGCUCCGGUGGCCUCGCCCGUCCCCAGCCCUGUCGUCCCUCCCAAUAAUCCCGUUUUUGCAUCCUCUCAGCCUGGUUUCUUCCCAACCGGUAACCCAAACGAUUAUCAGUACGGCGAGCGCGAGAUGUGGGGAGGCUUGCGACAAAGAUGGAUCGACGAUGCAAAUGAGCCCAACUGUACAGUGCAGCCACUAACAUUUGAGUUUAGAAGCCUGACCCAUGCUAAACACAGGUCUCAAAGAUGGACAGUAAAUUUCAACCGCUGGGGCUCAAGACCUCCCGCUCUUCGAAGUGACCUUGAGGAUUGUGGGCUCCCCGUAGGUCCUGAAGAUUACAACGAUGUCAAGAUCUCAAAGAACUCGUUCACUGGGCACCCGAAAAGGGGAAUGGGAACUAACUUCUAUCAUAUCUCGACCGCAUUGGGAGUUAUCAUCCUGAGAAACGUUGAGAGAUACGAUGGACCUUGGUGGAGUCAAGUCGCCCUUGCACAGUACGAUAGUCACUUCGCCCGGAAUUGCUUGAGAUACAUUUACCUCGAAAAUGUUAUCAACGAGGAUACCAGGGACUUUAUACAGACAAUUUGGGCUAAAACUCAACCGCCCAAUUCCCAGGAUUUCCAGCGAUCUCCAGCAUCAGUAAAUCAAGUCGUCUGGAGUUUUGGUACUCCCGAAUAUAAGGCCAUUCUAGGCACAGAGCUUGGGAAAGGAGCGGCUGCUGUUGUUCUGUCGGCAUUCCCUAGAGGUACACAUCGUAUCACCAGAAUCGUCGUCUGGAGGAAGACCAUCAUGCAGAUACGAUUUGAUAUUGAAAACAAAGCUUACCUCCAGACAGGUGUAGGCUUGUAG